UAGCCCUCUCCCACUCGUCGUCGUCCCUUCCCAUGACCUUGCGAUUGGAAAACUGUUUCAAUGGAUAAUACCGGAUCGUGUCAAGACAUCAAGCUUUCAUGUGCUCUUCAAUCAUCCUCAUCUCACACCACCUUCCACCCUUAACGGUCAGGUUCGUUUGGAGCCUUACAUAAGUGACAACCAAGUUCUCCCGUUCGCUACACCAUUACUCGGAUUAUGGUCAACUGGCAAGACCCGCAAGUGAUUGAGAACUGGACGGAGGUUCUCGUCAAUAUCACCUUUGUCAUUCUAGGAUUAUUUGGAUGGAGCUAUAUACAUUCCUGCCAGAUCGAAAGUGCUCUCCUUCGUCGUCAACUUACAUUUCGAUGGCAAAUAGUUUCUUAUUUGACCGGUCGGACGUUCUUUCUUGUGACUGUUAUACUAUCUGCCGUGACAAGCAUCGCCAUCCCGCCGUAUAUCGACUGCUAUUACGUGUUGAAAUUCUUGGCGUUCUCGAAUAAUAUCGCUAUGGCUUGUACAUCUACGAACCUCGUGGUCCGAACAUGGACCAUUUGGAAGACUAAUCGGUUUGUUUGUGUGUUCAUGGCGCUCGCUACUCUAGGGCACUGGUUCACAUUGAUGCUCAGCUCAAAAGAAACACAAAUCUCACCAUCAUCUCCCUCUUCUGAACUAUGCGGUUUCGUAAUAGUGAAUCCUACAUAUUCAGCUGCUUCGGCCAUGUACACUAUGAUAUUCGACUUUAUACUUCUCAAACUAGCAAUCUUUGGCCAUUGGCGCUCGUCGUCGUCGUCUCUCUUCACAAUCAUCCGUACCCAAGGCAUCAUCUUCUAUUUCAUCGUGUUUCUCACUAGUGUCGUUCCGUUUAUCUUCUCGCGGCUGAAUCUUAAUUAUGUCAUGAAUGUGUUUUUUACUUGGCCUGCGACUUGUAUCAUGUUGAUAGCAUCAAGCUAUGCGGUGAUUCCAACAUUCACUACGCCUCCCACAUGCCACAGAACUCCCGUGAGAGGUCCGCUAGAAGGUACCCGUACGACAGACGAGAAACCGAACGUACCGAUCGCGGCUCGCGUCGAUUUGUCUCAGUGAAUUCGAA